UAACGCAGGCCAAAGCGGAAGCGGAAACAGAAUUGCUGAUCGCGAAGUCGACCUUUUUCCGGUAGCCAUCCAAAAUGGGUUAUCGAGGACGGAGGAAAGUGCUUAAAAGAGUUACGGCUCCAAAGUCAUGGAUGCUGGACAAACUUGGUGGUGUCUUUGCUCCCCGUCCCAGCACUGGUCCUCACAAGCUGAGGGAGGCACUACCAAUGAGUGUGCUGAUGAGGAAUAGACUUAAGUAUGCCCUCACAUACAAUGAGGUCAAGAAGAUUGUCAACCAGCGACUCAUCAAGGUUGAUGGCAGAGUUCGCACAGACAAGAACUUUCCCACAGGAUUCAUGGAUGUUGUAACCAUUGAGAAGACCUCUGAAAAUUUCCGAGUCCUGUAUGAUGUCAAAGGAAGAUUUAUUGUGCAUCGUAUAAAGCCAGAAGAAGCAAAGUACAAGCUCUGUCGAGUGAGAGGUGUUGCAACCGGCCCCAAGGGAGUGCCAUACCUGACAACAAAUGAUGGCAGAACCAUCCGCUACCCAGACCCUGUGGUGAAAGUGAAUGACACCAUCAUGGUGGACAUUGCUACAGGGAAAAUGAAGGACUACGUUAAGUUUGAAUCUGGCAACCUGUGCACGAUCACUGGAGGCCACAACUUGGGACGUGUUGGUGUAAUUAUCAACAGGGAAAAGCAUCCAGGGUCCUUCGACAUUGUUCAUGUCAAGGAUUCCCUGGGACACACAUUUGCCACAAGAAUGAGCUAUGUGUUUGUGAUUGGCAAGGGCAACAAGCCAUGGAUCUCCCUACCAAGAGGCAAAGGAGUGAAGUUGUCCAUUGCAGAGGAACGUGACCGCAGGAUGGCUAUGAAGGCCAACCAGUAGAUCAUCACCAGUGUAAAGGAAAAAAAGUCUAUUAAACCUGUGAUGGUG